AUGACUGACAAGUACAAAAUGACGGCGAGUCGACUGCUGCAAUGGCCAUCGCCGUUGGCUUCGGUGGUGUUGACCUCCCACGUGGUAGCUCCUCGUGCUCCCACAAAUCCGUCGUUCCUACGGAAACCAACCACUGCCAGCGCGCCGUCCGCUAAGUUGCUGCUACGGACGGCCUCGACAGCUUCGACCGCCUUACCAUUCUCGUCGUUCGGAGUCCCGAGCACUCUGACGACCACGCUGCAGAACGCCGUACGACCUACGACCUCCAAAGACGAGAACCCCCCCUGGACCACUGGCUAUACGCUCGCCGUCGUCGAGAUCGGGGUGGCUUUUCGCGUCGUGUUGCUGCUGUUGUAA